AUGAGGAAAGGUCUGCGGGCGACAGCGGCCCGCUGCGGACUGGGGCUGGGAUACGUGCUGCAGAUGCUCGUGCUACCUGCCCUGGCCCUGCUCAGCGCCAGCGGCACCGGCUCGGCCGCUCAAGAGGACGACUUUUUUCAUGAACUCCCAGAAACCUUUCCAUCUGAUCCACCUGAGCCUCUGCCACAUUUCCUUAUUGAGCCUGAAGAAGCUUAUAUUGUGAAGAAUAAGCCUGUGAACCUGUAUUGUAAAGCCAGUCCCGCCACCCAGAUCUACUUCAAGUGCAAUAGUGAAUGGGUUCAUCAGAAGGACCACAUAGUAGAUGAAAGGGUAGACGAAACCUCUGGUCUCAUUGUCCGGGAAGUAAGCAUUGAGAUUUCACGCCAGCAAGUGGAAGAACUCUUUGGGCCUGAAGAUUACUGGUGCCAGUGUGUAGCCUGGAGCUCGGCGGGUACCACCAAGAGCCGGAAGGCCUACGUGCGCAUUGCAUAUCUGCGGAAGACAUUUGAGCAGGAACCCCUGGGAAAGGAAGUAUCCUUGGAACAGGAAGUCUUGCUCCAGUGUCGACCACCAGAAGGGAUCCCGGUGGCUGAAGUGGAAUGGUUGAAAAAUGAAGACAUCAUUGAUCCUGCUGAAGAUCGGAAUUUUUAUAUUACUAUUGAUCACAACCUCAUCAUCAAGCAGGCCCGCCUCUCAGAUACUGCAAACUAUACUUGUGUUGCCAAAAACAUUGUCGCCAAGAGGAAAAGCACGACUGCAACUGUCAUAGUCUAUGUAAAUGGUGGCUGGUCUACCUGGACAGAGUGGUCUGUGUGUAAUAGCCGCUGUGGACGAGGGUAUCAGAAGCGCACAAGGACCUGCACCAACCCAGCCCCACUCAAUGGUGGUGCCUUCUGUGAAGGGCAGAGUGUACAGAAAAUAGCCUGCACCACGUUAUGCCCAGUGGAUGGCAGGUGGACCUCAUGGAGCAAGUGGUCAACUUGUGGGACCGAGUGCACGCACUGGCGCAGGAGGGAGUGCACGGCACCAGCCCCCAAGAACGGAGGCAAGGACUGCGACGGCCUCGUCCUGCAAUCCAAGAACUGCACGGAUGGUCUGUGCAUGCAGACUGCUCCUGAUUCAGAUGAUGUUGCUCUGUAUGUUGGCAUUGUGAUAGCUGUGAUAGUUUGCCUGGCCAUUUCUGUAGUUGUGGCCCUCUUUGUGUAUCGGAAGAAUCAUCGUGACUUUGAGUCUGAUAUUAUUGACUCUUCUGCACUCAAUGGAGGCUUUCAGCCUGUGAACAUCAAGGCAGCAAGGCAAGAUCUCCUGGCAGUACCCCCAGACCUCACGUCAGCUGCAGCCAUGUACAGAGGACCCGUUUAUGCCUUGCAUGAUGUUUCGGACAAAAUCCCAAUGACCAACUCUCCAAUUCUGGAUCCACUGCCUAACCUGAAAAUCAAAGUGUACAAUACCUCAGGUGCUGUCACACCCCAAGAUGACCUCUCUGAGUUUGCAUCAAAGUUGUCCCCUCAGAUGACCCAAUCCUUGUUGGAGAAUGAGGCCCUCAACCUGAAGAAUCAGAGUCUAGCAAGGCAGACGGACCCAUCCUGCACCGCAUUUGGCACCUUCAACUCCCUCGGCGGUCACCUUAUCAUUCCCAAUUCAGGAGUAAGCUUGCUGAUUCCCGCUGGGGCCAUUCCCCAAGGGAGAGUCUACGAAAUGUAUGUGACUGUACACAGGAAGGAAAAUAUGAGGCCGCCCGUGGAGGACUCUCAGACACUCUUGGCCCCUGUGGUGAGCUGUGGGCCUCCAGGAGCUCUGCUGACCCGCCCUGUCAUCCUCACUAUGCAUCACUGCGCAGAUCCCAAUACCGAGGACUGGAAGAUACAGCUCAAGAACCAGGCAGCACAGGGACAGUGGGAGGAUGUGGUGGUGGUCGGAGAGGAAAACUUCACCACCCCCUGCUACAUUCAGCUGGACGCAGAGGCCUGCCACCUCCUCUCCGAGAACCUUGGCACCUUCGCCCUGGUUGGGCAGUCCACCACCAAAGCAGCCGCCAAGCGCCUGAAGCUGGCCAUCUUCGGGCCACUCUGCUGCUCCUCUCUGGAGUACAGCCUCCGAGUCUACUGUCUGGAUGACACUCAGGAUGCCCUGAAGGAAGUCUUGCAGCUCGAGAGACAGAUGGGAGGACAGCUCCUAGAAGAACCUAAGGCUCUUCACUUUAAAGGCAGCACCCACAACCUGCGCCUGUCCAUUCAUGAUGUCGCCCAUUCCCUCUGGAAGAGCAAAUUGCUGGCCAAAUAUCAGGAAAUUCCUUUCUACCACAUCUGGAGUGGGUCUCAGAGAAACCUCCACUGCACGUUCACUCUGGAAAGAUUUAGCCUGAACACAGUGGAGCUGGUCUGCAAACUCUGUGUGCGGCAGGUAGAGGGAGAAGGGCAGAUCUUCCAGCUGAACUGCACCGUGUCCGAGGAACCUACUGGCAUCGAUUUGCCUCUGCUGGAUCCAGCGAGCACCGUCACCACCAUGACGGGACCCAGUGCUUUCAGCAUCCCUCCCCCUAUCCGGCAGAAGCUCUGUAGCAGCCUGGAUGCCCCACAGACGAGGGGUCAUGACUGGAGGAUGCUGGCCCAUAAGCUAAACCUGGACAGGUACUUGAAUUACUUUGCCACCAAAUCAAGUCCAACUGGCGUCAUCCUGGAUCUUUGGGAAGCACAGAACUUCCCAGAUGGAAACCUGAGCGUGCUGGCGGCUGUCUUGGAGGAAAUGGGAAGACAUGAAACAGUAGUGUCGUUAGCAGCAGAAGGGCAGUAUUGA